GCCUCGUCUCCUUCGGUCCUUCCUCCCUUUCUCCCCCAAAUCAAUCGAGAACCCUAGCUAAACCCCAGUCUCCGGCGAGCGAGCGCGCCGGCGGGGUCGAGCCCGCCGGUCAAGAUGGGCGGCGGGGCGCCGCGCUCUACCUCGGCACCAACGCCCUCUGCGACGUCGAGGGCGGCCACCGGGCCAUCGUCUUCGACCGCCUCGAGGCCGGGGGUCGAGGGCGGCCACCAGGCCAUCGUCUUCGACCGCCUCGAGGCCGGGGGUCGAGGGCGGCCACCAGGCCAUCGUAUUCGACCGCCUCGAGGCCGGGGGUCGAGGGCAAGGUCUAGGCACCCCGAGGGGACUCGCAUCGUACCUCAUCCCGUGGGUGGAUUCGAGAGGCCGAUCAUCCAGGACCCAAUUUCGUGGAGAGCACCUCCGGGAGCAGGGGUCUCCAGAUGGUAACCUCCUCCUGUCUCGAUCCCUCUUCACCUAGCACAGAUGCUUGAUUUACUGCUUACCUGCGUGCUGAAUCCAUGUUUGGGGCCGACCAAGGGGUUGGAUUUUACUUGGAAAUGCCGUUGACAACCUGGAAAUGUAGUCUGAAACAGGAUAGGGCAACAUUUUAAAGUGAUUCUUAGCAAUUUGGGCAGGCUGGAUGGGCUCUGCUACAUGUAAAUGGUUAUGUCAUUGCUAUUUCUGAGCAUAUUAUGUAACUGUAGCAUCUAAGAGGGUUGCAUACAUCUUAACUGUUUAGCAAUUUAGGCCAAUGGAUGGGGUCUUGUACAUGUAAAGGAUUUGACAUUCUCAUUUCUCUGUAUAUUCCGUAACUGUAGCCCCUGCCAUGGUUUUCACUUUCAGUGAGAUUUUGUUGAAAUUCACUGAAUUUCAGUAAUUUCAGCAGACAAUGAAAUAUUACGUUUCGGCCAAAAUAUUUCAACAAUUUCAGUAUAGCACAACAGUUCCAAAAAAAUUCAAAAUAUUUUUUAAAAUUUUCAAAUUUUUAGUUGAAUUCAAGUGAAUAUUUCAGUCAUUUGGCUGAAAUGGAAACUGAAAUCACUGAAAUUCACUGAAUUUCAGUGAUUUCGGUUGGUGUUGAAAUUUUUCUGAAACUUAAAUUGAAAACCAUGGCCCCUGCACAAGGGGAUUUGACACAUCUGAAUACCUCAUGGAGAGGCUGAUCAUCUACAACGUCCGCACAUGAUCCAACCUCGUGGAGAGCACCUCUGGGAGCCAGGAUCUCCAGAUGGUAACUUUCUCCUGUCUUGAUCCCUCCUCACCUAGCACAGGUGCGUUAUUUACUUCCUACCUGCGUGUGAAAUUCAUGUUUGGGACCGACCAAGGGUCUGCUUUUAGUUGUCCAUGCUGUUCAUAUUCCGCAAGUGUAGCCUAUAAGAGGAUCUGGUUCAUGUCAAGUGAUUAGCUAGCAAUUUGGACAGGUUGAUGGGAUCUUGGUACAUGUUAAGGGUUUUGGCACUGUUAUUUGUUAGCAUAUUUUGUGACUGUAGCCUGUAAUAGGAUUGGACACAUCUGAAAUGUUUAGCAAUUUGGAAAGGUGGGUGGGGUCUGGUACAUGUAAUGUGUUUGCCAUUAUCAUUUCUAGUCUCCAGUUUCCAUGACAACAGCUGCUACGGCAUACCUGGCAUUGAUGGAGUCAAUUUAUGUUGAUUCAUUUGGAUUUUAAUGCAACCCAUGUCAGUUGAUCUAUGAAAUCCUACAACAUUGUAGCCUAUGGACUGUCUAGUGUCAACUGCUUUGUAAAUAUGCAUUUUAGCUCAUUUGCUUUUAAUCUAUUAGCAGUGGUCACCAUUAUAUAUUGCCUGAGAAUAAACAUUUCAACUCAUUUGCUUUGAAUCCGUUAACAGCAGUCACAAGUGAUUUUUUUUUGCUUCAUUAUUAUAUGUUACCAUGAUGAUUUAAGACGGUUAGCUGAUGCUGAACAAGUUAUAUCAUUCUGACUUGUUAAUUUGUCAGUGAUCAUGCACUUCUUUUCAUUGCAAAAGUAGCAUUUACACUACAGCUUGCACAUAUUUGAUACGGCUUGAUAAUUUGGGCAGGUGUGAAUUGGUCUUCGUGUUCUUACACGACCCAUGCCAGAGAGACUUCCAACUAUGUACAAGACAGGAGAAUUAAAAUGAGAGAGUGUCGCCUUCAAUUGUUCAUGAAACACUCAAAGAUGUGGUUGCCCAAUACAAUGCCAGUCAGCUAAUCACACAGAGAGAGGCUGUGAGCGCGGAGAUCAGGAAGAUUCUGACAGAGAGGGCCAGGAUCUCCAGAUGAUGCUGCCACUUUGAGUGGUUAUGGGGUGGAACUCACCCUUAAAAACCCCUGGAAUACUAGGCCACGGCUAACACUGCUAUAAAGAAGGGUGGUGCACUGUAAGAUCCUAAAACUGAGGACCUCAUUCAAUAAGUCAGAGCUAAAUGCUGAGAUAAUGUCCUUCAGGGAUUAUCCAUUGUCAUCAACAGUACUGGAUACAGUCAAAGAAGCACCACUUCUAUAACUGUACAGCUGCUCCACACCCCAGAUGUGGGUCAUCAAAUGGCACAUAGGAUCCUUCAUGCAUCAGAUCCUUUAAAGUCGUUGCAGGAAAUUGAAUUCCGCAGUAUAGUUUCUUCACUAUCAUGAAUGAGGGCCAAUGCUAUAUGUGGAUCCCUUUUAAACCUUCAGCUAUGCACAUAAGUAAUGACAAUUAAAUAAUCUUGACGAUUUAAUCAAAGGUGAAAUCAUAGUUAAUCAGUGAAGGGUGCAGCCUGGCAAGUCAUUAAUGGCUUUGCACGAUGCUUUGAUUAAUAUCGGGGAUUUUGAUCUCUAUUUCCUAAUUUAUGUUCUUCAUCCGAGUGGAUCCAACUUCGCUGACACACUCAUCGAUGCAUCCACAUUCUGCACGAAAAUCAUAGUUGUGAUCAGCCUUCUAUGUUUGUAUGACCUGGCUAUUGUUCAGUACUUAACCUUGCUGCAUACUUGUUUUCUUGCCGGUGACUGAUCUAAUUGCAAAUAUUGACACAUUGGUGAACUUAUGUGACGGUAUUUCAAUCAUAAUACAUUGCUGUUGGUGGUUGUACAUUCCAAGAUAUUCUAAUUGAUAUUACUGCUGUUGUUAUCCAUUAUUUCAUAGAAUUCACCAAGUGCAUAAAUAAACGGGUGCUCCUAAAAUGCAUUUAUUAGGUAGUAAUUAAGUUUGUAUACUUACUCUCUGUAGAUUAAAUGAUUAAUUUGGAGGGGUGGGUGGGCAUUAUAUGUGUGGCUGAUAUCAUUCCUAACUAAGAUCCAUAUGAUUCUUGACUGAUGUUUCUUUAUCUGCAAAGAUGAAACCGGUCCUUAGUUGAGACCUAGUACAAUUUUACGGGAAUAGUAUUUUCAGAUCUCAAAGAUUCUGAAAAUAUUUAUAUGUGUACAUAUAAUUAUGCACAUAGAUGUGGCUUUUCAUCAAUAUAUCUUCUCAUCCAUGGUGUAUACAAAAAGACAAUACAUUGGUAACAAAAUUCAAAAUAGUCAACUUUUGCUUUAUUUUAAACCACAUGCUUGUCUUUUUUGGCAUACAAAUCAACAAAUGAUUUAUUAAAAUUCUACAUGUAUGCAGGAAACGUCUAUGUGUGCUAUAGAUAUUUUUUUUGGAAGUUUUGAAACUUUUUAUCAUUUUCUAUUUUUGAAAACACCGGGCUUCAAGUGACCCAGGAGCUAACAUUGUCUCAUUCGUCUUUAAAAUUAGAAUUUGUGUUAGAUCCUUGGUUCUUCUCAAAAAGUUGUUCUGCAUGUAUUAAGAAGUCACGGUAUAAUACAAAAAUAAUCCUGAUGUUUAUACUGGUCAUUCAUUCUUACUGCAUGGAUUGUAUACGUUCCUAGAUGUUAUGAUCUGCACAAGAUGUUUUACCAACACCAACUAUUAUUCAUGUAGAAUCUGUCAAUUUGUUGCAGCUAAUGUGUAGAUUUCUGCUUUUCAUUCUAAUACCUGUCGAAAUUGUUAUUGUCUUUUCAUUUACCAUUUGGUGGCUGUAAUUAUGGCAAAUCAUCUAAAAUGCUGAUUUUUGGUGUUGCUCAUUCAACAGAUGGAGUGACCAAUCGUCUUAAAUCUUUGUCAAUCACUCUCGAGGUCGAUAGAUCAGAUAUGAUCUACAGUGCCAAGGAUAAGAUUCAAGACAAUGAGCAUAUCCCUUCAUGCCAGUAGGGAUACAUAUUUGGAUAUAGGAUGCUGGAGGGCUGCAGCACCGUGAAGGACAACAUUAUUCUGCAUCCUCCAAGGUAUGCAUAUUAAUGUUAGCGCCAAGACGCCAGGUGGCAAUAUUGUGACGCUAGGUUGAGAGCUCAGAUACUAUGAAAAAUGUGAAGAAGAUUUUCAAUGCAACAUGUCUUCAACAAGAUAUGCAACAAGUCGGCAUUCUGAAUAAGGGCUUGUUUGUUUGCUCGGGAUCCCUGCCCUUUCCCUGGGGUCAGAAGCCCGCGUAUGGAUUUAACCCUGGGAACCUACCGGUGUAUUUUGGACGCCAUCUCAGCAGGAGCAUGCCGCCCAAUCUAUGUGGCUUCUGCACCGUUUCCACCCUCCAUGGGGCUCCGCUGCCACCUUGCGAUGCCUCCGCUGCCCAUCUAGACUGCUAGGAUUUGAUCUCUGAUCCUUCUUUGCACAACUGAAUGUCCUUUGGCUCCUUCAACUAGCGCUUACUACUCUUUACUUCAGGAAUCAUUACUGUUCGUUUAUGGACAUUGGUUGUUAGCUUUUUGCACAAUUCAUUGAGAUUAUUAUGACCCAGGCAAUCUGAAUUUCUGAAAAGAAAAACCAUUGACGGCCAAAUUGCUUGCGGUUCUGGAUCCCUAGCUCACGAUUGACGACGGCGGCGAUUAGUCCUUUCUCCAGUUAACGUUGCAGCUGCCACGUGCAAGCUCUUUAUCCUGUGCCUAGAGGAAAUGGUGCCGCACCCUAUCCACCACUAUGAGGAUGGGGAGAGCGAAGGUGGGCAUGGCGCUUAACACUGACCAGAUGAGCACCCUAUGGCCGCCAAGGGAGAGUAGCCUUCCCUUCCAGCCCGUCAGUCCAGACUUUAUGCAAUCAAUAAAGAAUUGCAAGUGCACCAUUCGGAUACGCGAUAGCGUGAUCGGCGAACCUAGGUAGGUCAUGGGUAAUGUAGAUCGCCACCCCCAAACUCAGCAAGCACCUUGUCUAGGUUGAUAUCAUCACAGCGGAUGGGGGCCACCGUCGAUUUUUGUAGGUUGAUGUGCAGCCCUGUUGCCCGCCUGCCAGAAUGUAGGAUUGACAAUGGCAAACUGAUCUCGAAUCUCUUGGGAUUUGUGAAGAUAACGGCGUUGUUGGCAUAGAGGCUCACGCACAGCUUGACCGUCUUGUCCGUCAGCGAUGGCCAAGAUAAUCCCGUGUAACGGGUCGAUUGUGGGGAUAAAUAGGAAAAGGCGACACAGGUCGUCCUGUUGCAUUCCACACUUAUGGAACAUCUUCUUGGCUGCGAUCCCAUUGAGCAAGAACGUUGAGGAAGAGGUUGACAGGGGCAACUAACAUGAUUAAUAAGGAGGUACACCAUUCAAACGCACACAUGAUCAUGCCGGCGAGCACAACCAAUAACCCAAGGGAGUCGCUGUCGAUCACUGAACCACAAAAUCCUACAUAAUAUAACUACUCCUAACUCAAACCGGCUGAAGGCUGACCGCUGUUGAAACUAAUGGGGUGAGCUAACAUGAUUAACUACUUGGCCACCGGGCCCUCAUCUUCGACAGCCUCGAGGGGAUCAAGGACAAGGUAACCGCCUCUCGCACAGAUUCAUGGAUCUCGGCCGCCGGUGAUCGUGCGAUGUGUUUGCUUGCUCCCUGCUGUGUUUUGCGCGAUUUGACGGGUUCCUUCCCUGUUCGAUUUCUGGUCGCCUUUGGGCGCUGCUCUGUGCAGGUCUACCUCGAGGGGACUCACAUCGUCAUCCUUUGGUUCGAGAGGCGGUCAUCUACGACGUUCGCGCACGACCCAACCUCAUGGAGAGCACUUCCGGGGAAGAUGUCAUCUCCAUAUGGUGAGAAUUGGUCUUCGUGUUCUUAGUUUCUUACACAACCCAUGCCAGAGACUACCAACCAUGUAGAGGACCGUGGGGGAUAACUAUAAUGAUAGAGUGUUGCCUUCAAUCAUUCAUGAAACACUCAAAGCUGUGGUUGCCCAAUACAGUGCCAGUCAGCUAAUCACACAGAGAGAGGUUGCUGCACAGGAAGCUGAGUGUGCCAAAUUCAUUUGUUAGAAGGCUGAGCAGGACAAGAAAAGUGCAAUUAUCAGGGCACAGGGAACAAGUGCAGGCCAGGAAGACAAGUAGACAACAACGACACUCUAUAGUUAGGCAUCCAGGCUCCAGAUUAACUAAAUGGAGGGCUGUGCCUGCAUCGAGCAGUUCCGGCGAACUGACGAGCUCCUCAUCAAGUACCAGUACAUCUCGGACUUCUUCAUAGCCCUCGCCUACUUCUCCAUCCCACUCGAGCUGAUCUACUUCGCCAAGUCGGCAUCCUUCCCCUACAGAUGGGUGCUCCUCCAGUUCAGCGCCUUCAUAGUCCUCUGUGGGGCCACCCACCUCAUAAACCUCUGGACCUUCACCAAGCACACCAGGACCGUCGACAUCGUCAUGACGGUAACCAAGGUCACCACGGCCGUCGUGUCCUGCGCGACGGCCCUCACGCUCAUCCAUAUCAUACCUGAUUUGUUGGGUGUCAAGACGAGGGAGUUGUUCCUCAAGAAGGCCGACAAGCUCGACAGGGAGUUGAGCCUCAUGCGAUCGCAGGAGGAGACCGGGAGGCAUGUCAGGAUGCUCAUCCAUGAGAUCAGGAGCACGCUUGACAGGCACACCAUCCUCAAGACUACUCUGGUUGAGCUCGGGAGGACGCUGGGUCUGCAGGAAUGUGCUUUCUGGAUGCCGUCGAGGAGCGGUUCGAGCCUUGAGCUAACUCAUACCAUGCGCCACCACAUCCCCACGGGCUCUUCUGUGGAGAUUAAUCUCCCUGUUGUCAACCAAGUCUUCAGUACCAACCGGGCUAUUAUAGUGCCACAUACAUCUCCUUUUGCGAGGAUCCACCCUGUUCAAGGGCGGCAUGUCCCACCCGAGGUGGCUGCUGUGAGAGUCCCGUUGCUGCAUCUUCCAAACUUUCAUCCUGAGCUUUUGGCAAAAAGCUACGCAAUUAUGGUUUUGAUGCUCCCAUCUGAUAGUGCAAGGAAGUGGCUUGCUCAUGAACUCGAGCUCAUCGAGGUUGUCGCCGAUCAGGUAGCUGUUGCCCUCUCAUGCGGCAAUUCUUGAAGAAUCAAUGUGAGCACGUGAUCUACUGACGGAGCAAAAUGUCGCCCUGGAUUUAGCUCUGCGAGAGGCUGAAAUGGCAAUACAUGCUCGCGAUGUCAACAGGGUGGGGGUUGAACUUGUGGGGCCUGAGGACGCAGACAACCUCGCUACCAUCGACUCAUCUGCUUCUGCAGCCAAGGUGCACAACGCCAAGCCAUGAUCGACGAGUCUGCCCCAACUUCGCCCGACACCGAUGCGUCACUUCUACCCACCAAGAAGUACUCCUUGAUCCAAAUCCUACUCUCUAUUUGCCUUUGCUUGCACCCUAUAGGUGCCCCAAAGUCCCAAACUGUUUCCUUUGCUGCUGCUGCGACAGCACUAUCUAUCUGAACCUAUGUAGUUUAAAUUUGGCCCUGCUGUGUGCAAUCUAUCUGGAUUUGUGCUAAGUUAUGCUAUUUGUCUAGAAACGUGUGCUUAAUUACCUUGUGGUGCAUCUCGGUGCCGAUGGCGAACACAAUGCUAUCUUGAUCUCUUGGUAUGUUCGUGAAAACUGCAAACAGCAA